UCUCCAACGGUCAGCACAACGUUCCCUCCGUUACAUCACGUAACUCAUAACGGUCACAUUUACACUCUUCAGUGUCUUCUUCACUACACAAUCCACCUCUCUCUCUCUCUCUCUCUCUCUCAGAACACUCACAGAUUCUCCCUCUCUCUCUUCUCUCCAGCGUGAUCAAUGGAACCCGCGAAAAUCGAUUGGAAAAAUCUAGAAUGGAACUUCACUGUUGAUGAACUCUACGAACACCUCAACGCACCCAAGUUUGUUGACUUCUUGUCCCUCAAUCACAACACCAACAACAAUGAUGAUGAAGCUUGGUUUUGCAAACCUGAUUGCAAUCACCCCAAAACAGCAGAGGAUUUUCUCAGAUCACCAAGUCCUUUCAAGGCAAGAAGUCCAUUUUAUUUGUCAGAAAAUUUUCCAAGUGGUGACCAAAUUAGAAGAGAUGGGAAAAUCAAGAGAAGGGUGCCACCCCUUUCAUCAUCUUCUCCCCAAGAUGAUAAAUUCAGAUUCAACAUCGAUAAUGAAAACCAAAACCCGAAUUUGGUUACCCCUCAAUUUAAGUCCAUGAAGUCUUUGAUCAAGUCAAGUGAAGAGAAGAAGAAGCUAGUUGAUGACACAUUGCAAGAGAGUACGGAGGUUCCUUCAUUGAAAUCAACUCUUUCUGCAAAGAAUUUGUUUUCGAGACGGCCUAUUCUGAAUCAAAUCACAGAAUUCUGCAAUGAAUUGAAGAGAUUGGCAUUAAGAGCUCGGGAGAGAGAAAAUGAUGAAAAUUUGAACCCUGUAGAGAGUAUAGAAGAAGAGGUUGUUGUCGUGCAUGAGAAGACCUCGCCGGUGAACGCUUUGGCAGAGUUGGAUAGAAGAGAGAAAGAAAGGAAACCACUGCUUGAAAUGGGUAAGGCUGAAAGGUUGGAAGGGAUGUGUGUUAAAGGGAAGCUAAACAGAAAAAAACCUGAUGAAGCAGAAAACAUGCCUAUAACUCUUGACUUGGAGAAUGUAAGACAAAAGAGGGAGAAUAGCUUACUACAAGUUCGUACAAAUCCUCCUUCUCCUCAGUGUUUUUCUGCUGGGCUCAAUAACCCUAACCCGUCAAAAGGUUCCAGAUCCCGGCUAAUGGAGAGAGGAAUACUUAAAGAAGUUGAGCAAAACAAGGAAGUUGCAAAGGACUCACCAGCACAAAACAACAAAAGUAUUACAAUCUCUGAUGGAAGAGAAACAAAAGCCUUGGACAUGUUUUGGUUCUUCAAGCCUUGCACAACAUUAUCAAGCUGAUUCUCAUUGAAAUUAAACUUGGUCAUUAGUGAUUAUAAAUUCAUUCAUUCUUUCAUUUGUUUUGUUCAUUACUAUUUAUAUAUUGUACUCAUGGAGCAAAAAUGUUUUAUUUAGGUGCAAAUCAUUCUUUAUGACACAUUAUUGUACCAAUGAUAUAAGAAUCUGAAACUGAUGAUUCAAUAUACACCUGUACUGAACCUAAAAUUUGUCAAUAAAUUACUUUCAUUUGCCUCUGA